CAAAAGAAUGCAGUUUAAACCACCUCCGAACGACUUUAUCUAAUGCACUCUAGAGUGCCUAAAGUCAUUUUAUUUCUGUGCAUUGUCGCCUUAUUUCUUGAUGCACAUCAGUUCAUAGCGCGUUAAUAUGUUUUAUGGAAAAAGGGUUGGGAAUAGGUGUCUCCAUAAUGACAAUCCAAAUAGCAUACGGUUGGGAAUAGGUGUCUCCAUAAUGACAAUCCAAAUGGCCUACCUACAACUGGUAAAAAGUUGUCAUGACGUGCGCGCGUGCUGCUCAUGUGACUCCUGCGUGCUGCAGCGCUCAGUCUCAACAUAGUCUCAGUCUCCGCCCCCUCCCCACCACUCACACACUCAGCAACAGGCUGCCUUACUACCUGAUAGUAAGCAGCAGCAGGUCACAGUGAAAUAUAUAUUUUUAAGAAAAAUGCCAUGGCGGCCGCGGUGCAAUUUAGAAGUAGCCCAAAAACCCGCAACCCGCGAUCAAUACAGUUUGACCCGCGACAUCGUUUUGAAAGUAGCCCAAUUUGGCAGCAAACUUGAGAUCGCAACCCUGCCUGCCAGAGUGCUGCUGUAUAAAAAGAGAAUAAAGAUAGAAUUCGCGUUGCUAGGAGAUACUAUCAACAAUACAUUAUGGGAUAUUCGUAUACGUCACUGUUGCAUAGCUACGUCUGUCAAAAACACAGGUCUCAUUUCUUGUGUCAGGGGAGGCUAAAAUAAACAAUGGCUGAAAAAAAGUUCAAAGGAGCCCCGUUUGGAACACAGACAGCGAGGUAAGACAUUAAACAAGCGCCAAAAGGAAGUGGCGAAUCAUGGAGAUUAAUAAGGGAAACAAUAUGGAUGUUAUCCGUAGCUCCACCGGCCUGAUGUCUUACUGCAAUGUGCUGUGCAGGUUUGAUGUGUCAGCGGUCCAUCCAGCCAAUAAGAGAGUAGGGACCUACACAGAGAUCCCCUACUGCAAAAAUAUGACCAAUGACCUGGAGCGGCGGCUGGGCCCGGGGUCGUAUGAAGCUGCAGGCCGUGGGGACUUCAGUGAACGGUCGGUGGCAGAGCGGGCCAAAGGGCCGGGGUGGCAGAGGGCCCAGGAGACUGCCAGGUUGGCAGCCAUACCUCACCUCCUCUACAGGGAGGCAUGGGAAAACAAACGCUUCCUGAAAACUAAAGUGGGUCCAGGAACCUACAGAGUAGCAGACUUUAUAGAGGAGCUGCAGAAGAAACCAGGCAGUGUGAGAGGAGUGUGUGACAGCAGGGAAGAGCGGUUCAGAAACGCACAGAGCUGGACGCCAGGCCCUGGUUGCUAUGGUAAUGGGGGUGUUCCAUGGGCAGCGCUGGAAGAGAAAAGGUCGGGGUCAAAUGGGGCUCCCAGCAUGCACCUCAGCUCCUCGCUGCAACGCUUCCCAGAAGGCAACAGUACGGACUGUGGGCUGAGUCCCUGUACCUAUACUCUAAAGAGCAGCACAGAGGCGUUGUUGGCCAGCGGCAGCAGCAGGAGAGGUGCAUAUGACCUCUUCACUGGACCACGAGACAAACCCAUCACCGCUGGAUACUUCGCUACCCCGAAGUGUGUAAAUCUAACUCCAGGGGAGUACCCUAGUGGGUGUGGGGGCUUUGGAGAGGAGUUGUGUCGUCGUGAAAAGCGGAACCACGGUGUGUUUGGAAUGUUGGAUCAGUACCCAGUUGUUCCAACAGAGAGAAUCUACCACAGCACCCCGUCCCAAUGCUCUCGACCUGCUACGUUCCCAGGGCCAGGGUGGUAUGAGGUCGUCUCUCCACAGUCCCGUACAGAGAGUCACACCCAUCCCCCCUUCCUCUCCUCUGCCCCCCGUGCCAGCCAUAGGACAGAGAGAUUGCAGAAUGGAAAUUAUAGCAUGGUUGGUCCUGGUCGUUAUGACAUUGCAGAAAAGGGGCGGAGUAAGACUAACAAUGGCUACACCUCCUCCUUCAGUUCCCGGACACAGAGAUAUCUUCACAAACCAGACAGAGACAAACACACACAGGAGAGGUUGCGUGCGAUAAAUGUUCCGGUGGACAGACUGAGCUUCCUGGUGCCGCCCGGAAGGAACACUUUGAUGAAAUCAGCUUAAACACACACACACACAUCGAAGCAGCAUGGAACAAAGACUCCGGAUACAUGUUACAACCCAUCAGAUUUCAAGUUUAGUUUUUCAACUACACUGCUCAAAAAAAUAAAGGGAACACUUAAACAACACAAUGUAACUCCAAGUCAAUCACACUUCUGUGAAAUCAAACUGUCCACUUAGGA